AUGGUGGGAUUAUCCAUAGGAGAAAGAAAACAUUUUAUAGAGGGUGGCAUUGCUCAGGACAUUCGUUCUGAUGGCCGAAAAAGACUGACGCCUCGGCCCAUCAAUGUCAAAACUGGAGUCAUUUCCCAGCCAAAUGGCUCGGCAAGGGUCAGGAUGGGUGCUACAGAUGUCAUUGCCAGUGUGAAGGCUGAACUUGGAAGGCCAACUGCACUGCAACCCGACAAAGGAAAGGUCUUUAUAAAUGUUGAUUGCAGUCCAACUGCAGCACCAAUGUUUGAGGGUAGAGGGGGUGAGGACCUGUCAGCAGAACUCUCGGUGGCUCUUCGAUGUUGCCUCUUGGGUGGUGAAAGCGGAUCUGGUGCUGGAAUUGAUCUCUCCUCUCUGGUAGUUGUGGAAGGAAAGAUCUGUUGGGAUCUUUACAUUGACGGCCUUGUUGUCAGUUCAGAUGGGAAUCUUCUAGAUGCCCUAGGUGCUGCUAUAAAGGCUGCUUUGAGCGAUACAGGCAUCCCAAGAGUAAAUGUUGCAGCUGGUGCAUCAGGCGAUGAGCAACUGGAGGUUGAUGUAAGUGACGAGGAAUUUCUGCAGUUUGACACAUCUAAGGUCCCUGUCAUAGUUACAUUAACAAAGGUAGGUAAGCACUAUAUUGUGGAUGCCACUUCAGAAGAGGAAUCACAAAUGAGCUCGGCUGUUUCUAUUUCCGUCAAUAGGCAGGGGCACAUCUGCGGGUUGACCAAACGGGGUGGUGCAGGCCUAGAUCCAAGCAUCACUCUUGACAUGGUAUCGGUGGCAAAAACAGUAAGCGAGCAGCUGAUAAACACAUUGGAUUCCCAGAUAGCUGCUGCUGAAGCUGGUGAAGAUGAAUAAUGACGCAGUGAGAAUCUCUGAUUAUAUCUAAAUAGGUGGUUCGAGCAGGUCCUAGCUAGAUGGAAAUUGUAAUUCCGAUACUUUUAACACACAGCUGACGAAGACAUUUGAUUUGUUGUACGCAUAUUUGGCACCGUUUAACCAAGACUAGUAUCAUUACGCUGUUAAAGAGUUA